AUGAGGGUUCUCACGUCAACGCCUGGGGCGAAUCAUCCUCAAUCCGCCGACCUCCCGCCUUCACACGUCAACGACCCGCACCCCGACCGCCGAGACGACGCACCAAGCCCGCGCUCAUCAUCUGCCACCAGAGCGCGCGAGCGCCGUAGCGGAACCAUGGCCGAACCUCGCGUGAAUGGCGCAAACGGAUCUGCGCCCGCACGACCGCUGAUGCUGCGCGCAAAGAGCGACUUUGGGCCGCGACACAACGAGCACCAAGACCGAGACGAGGACGAACACGAGAAUGGAGAUGCGGAGUGGACAAUCCGCCACGGCUGGGAGUCUCAGCUCACCUCGGAGGAAUACCAGAACCUGUUGAGCUCGACCUUUUUCAUGUACUUCACCGACAAGAAGCAUGAAACGAAUGGAAAUCCGAAGGACGACAGCGAGACCUACCCGCUCCAGGAAUGGCGCAUGAAGGACAGGCUGAAGACAGUCUCGGCUGUGCUGGCCCUUUGCCUGAACAUUGGCGUGGACCCUCCGGACGUCAUAAAGACCAAUCCGUGCGCGAAAUUGGAGUGCUGGAUUGACCCUACCAUUUCAACCGGUACCUCCGGUCACACGCCUAUGAACAACAUCGGCAAGGCGCUGCAGACCCAGUAUGAGCAACUCAGCAUGCGCACCCGCUACAAGCUCUGCCUUGACCCGACUGUCGACGAGACGCGCAGGUACUGCUCCACAUUGCGUAAGAACGCCCGCAAUGAGCGUGUUCUAUUCCACUACAACGGCCAUGGCGUGCCGAGGCCGACCUCGUCGGGAGAGAUAUGGGUCUUCAACAGGAAUUACACUCAGUACAUUCCCAUCUCACUAUACGAUCUACAGUCGUGGCUAGGCGCACCGAGUCUUUUCGUGUAUGACUGCUCUGAUGCAGGUCUCAUCAUUCAGAAUUUCAACAAAUUUGCCGAGAAGCAUGAACAAGAGAACGCCGAAGUGCUGAGAAGGGAACCCAAUGCUGAGAUCAUGGAUUUCAGCGACUGCAUACAUCUGGCAGCCUGCAGAGAAAAGGAAACUCUGCCCACCAAUCCUGACCUUCCAGCUGACGUAUUCACGUCGUGCCUGACAACACCCAUUGAGAUGGCUGUCCGGUUUUUCAUUCUCCAAAAUCCCCUGCCAACCGGGAUAACGCUCCAGGAUGCGGCAAACAUUCCAGGACGUGUUUCUGAAAGGCGUACUCCGAUUGGUGAGCUGAAUUGGAUAUUCACUGCUAUCACAGACACUAUUGCAUGGAACUCGUUGUCCAAGCCACUAUUCAAGAAGCUCUUCCGCCAGGAUCUGAUGUGCUACCCCGAGAUCCCCGAGACUCAUGAUCACCCGCUGUGGAAGAGCUGGGACUUGGCUGUUGAGAUGAUCCUCGCUCAGUUGCCGAAUUUGAUCGCUGCAGAGCGAGGAGAGAAGCAAUACGAAUAUCAGCACUCCAACUUCUUUGCGGAACAGCUCACCGCUUUCGAGGUAUAUCUCGACCAAGGAGGCGCCAUGGAGCAGAGAGUACCCGAGCAACUUCCUAUUGUCCUGCAGGUCCUCCUCAGUCAAGUCCAUCGUCUCCGUGCUUUGAUCUUGCUCAGCAAGUUCCUGGAUCUUGGACCAUGGGCCGUGAACCUAGCCUUGAGCAUCGGUAUCUUCCCUUACGUUCUAAAACUUCUACAGUCACAAGCCAUGGAACUGAAGCCCGUCAUGGUUUUCAUCUGGGCGCGCAUCUUGGCGGUUGACCAGUCAUGUCAGACCGAUCUGCUCAAGGAUAACGGAUACACCUACUUUAUCAGCAUCCUCAACCCUAACUCAGGCAUCCCAAUCGGUAAUCAAAGCGAGCAUCGUGCUAUGUGUGCGUUCAUUGUUGCCAUGUUCUGCAAGGAUUUCCACCAAGGCCAGGUCGUUUCGCUAAGUCCAGAUGUCUUUGAAAGCUGUCUGGGCCACCUUGGAGAUCUUCACAAUCCCCUUCUCCGUCAAUGGUCAUGCCUGUGUCUGAGCAUGCUGUGGGUUGACUACCCCGAGGCCAAGUGGACUGGUAUCCAAGUUCAGGCCCAUCAACGCUUGCUUUUCCUGCGGACAGAUCCGGUCGCUGAGGUGAGGGCUUCAAUGCUACAUGCCCUUACUACUUUCUUGGGCAUUCCCGAUGUCACCCCCCAGGUCGCGCAAAUCGAGGAGUCAAUCGCCGGGAACCUACUAUUCAUGGCACAUGAUGGUAACAGCAUGGUCCGGAAAGAGCUCCUGGUCUUCUUCUCCACCUUUGUUGCACGAUAUGACAACAAGUUCGUCGUUGCUGCUUUCAAGCAACUACAGGAAGAGCGAAAUGCGCUUCGAAAAGCACACGAGGGUGCUGAAGAGGUCAAUGGCGACGCACAAGUCUUGGGAACUCGGUCCAGCCCGCAAGAUGGAACAGAGUCGCCCAGCAGCCUGCCGCAGAAUACCGUUUUUUCGGCUAUGUGGAAGGAUAUCCUUAUCCUUUCAGUGGAUCCUAACCCGGAGGUGGCAGACAAUGCUUGCAUAAUAGUCGACUACGUGCUCAACGCAGUCCUUGAGUCACCUCUCGCUUCGUACGCGCAGGCUCUAAUGGAUGAAAUCGCCCAGAUCAGUGCUGAAGCCAAGAAGAAGGCUCCUCGCAGCUCAUACGCAGACCAGUCUCAUUCCGUGCCGCAACCAUCCCAGUCAGCUGAACCGUCUACUCCAUCAAAGCAAGACGGCUUCUUGUCUGCCGGCAUGCGCAGGACUGCAAGUGUCGCCGCAUCUCUCAAGAACUUGGCAUUCGGCUCUCACUCAAGCUCCGACGGCAGUCCGGUGAACAGCAUGAAGAGCCCAACUAGGUCUAAUACGGUUGGGUCGCGCGGGCGGAUUCCGAGCGAGUGGAACCGUCCGCCUGACGAAAAGGACUCGAUCCGUACAGCAGCAUCAUCCAACGCCCCGGACAAAGUCCCGGCAACGCGGACUUACAGGCGGCGUAACCUUCACCAGAAGCCAAGCAUACCUUUGAAGAGCAAGUUCUUCGAAUGGUCAGCGGAAUACUUCCGCGAGCCCCAAAUGAAGCCUACCGAGGCCGACGAACCCGGCAGCAUGGACUACAACAUGCGGCUGUGGCGUCGUAAUCGGAAUGACAAGAUAAUCGCUGAGACGCAGCCGCUGAAGGAUGUUGCGGGAAGCAACCGGUGGGAUCGGCCGAAGGGAUUCUUCAACAAUGGCAGCCAGCCUAUGAAAAUGUGCUUCCAUCAGUUUGAGGAACACCUUAUCGUCACUGACGAUAGCGACACUGUUUGCGUCUGGGACUGGGAACGCCAGACUCGCCUCAACCGAUUUUCGAACGGCAACCCGGUCGGAUCGAAGAUGACGGAAGUCAAGUUCAUCAACGAGGAUGACCAGGCGUUGUUGAUGACCGGUUCGUCUGACGGCGUCAUCAAGCUUUACCGUGACUAUGAGAACCCGAACAAGGUAGAGCUUGUAUCAGCUUUCCGGGCCCUGACCGAUCUAGUUCCCAGCAACAGAUAUGCUGGGCUCGUCUUCGACUGGCAGCAAGGUCGUGGCCACAUUUUGGUGGCGGGUGAUGUUCGCGUGAUCCGCGUGUGGAACGCUGGGAGCGAGACAUGCACGCAGGAUAUUAACGCCCGAUCGGGCUCAUGCAUCACCUCGCUUACAUCGGACCAAGUCGAAGGACAGGUGUUUGCAGCGGGCUUCGGCGACGGCGCAGUGCGCAUCUACGACCAGCGCAUGGAAAAGAAACGUGAAAUGGUAAAGGUCUGGAAGGAGCACAAGCAGUGGAUCACAAACAUCCACCUCCAACGCGGCGGCCAACGCGAGCUUGUUAGCGCCUGUCGCGACGGCGAAGUCAAACUGUGGGAUAUCCGCAUGGAUCGCAGUGUAAAGACGGUUCAAGCGACGAGAGACACGCUCAGAAGCUUGAGCGUGCACGAGCAUGCGCCAGUCUUUGCAGUUGGUACCGAGCGUCAUGUAGUCAAGCUCAUGAACCUGAACAGCGGCAAGCACCUGUCAAACUUUGAGCCAUACUCAGGUUUCUUGCAAAACAAGCGGUAUACCCCCAUCUCGACGACAGCCUUCCAUCCACACAGGAUGAUGAUUGCAGGCUCCGCUCUGCACGACUCACACAUCAACAUUUACGAGUGCAGCGGGCUGGGCAACUAUCUCGACGGCGACCGCGAGUGA